AUGACUUCUAACAAUUCAUUACGUUUAUCAGACAAAAAUAAAGAAAAUUUACGAAAAAUUCGAACAAUUACUUUAAAGAAACAUCAAGAACAAGUUGAUCAAUUACAACAACAACACCAAGACCAAAUUGAUCAAUUACAACAACAAAUCCAUCAAGUACAACAACAACAGCACGUACAACAACAACAAGAGUUAAAUUACAUUUAGGGAUGCAACGGUGACGAUUAGACACCGCUUGAUCGUAGGAAUCGGUAACCGCUUCAGCGGAAACCGUUCCACCGAAAACCGGUGUGAACCGGUAACCGUUCAACCGGUAACCAGUGUGAACCGGUAACCGUUCACCGGUAUGAACCGGUAACCGUUCAACCGGUUCAGAUCGGUUAUCGUUCCACUCACAUAUUGUUUUACGUU